ACAUUGCGCACACACAUAUUUUUUUAGUACUUGGUUGUGAGAUGAUUAAAAAAAAAUAUAAUUAAAAAUAAGCUAAACGCCGAGACGGCUUACCCAAAAUAUUUCAGUUUGAUCAAAAUUCAGCAUAAAACUAGCACAUUUUGUUGUUCCAUUAAAUGUUCGAUUGUCCAGCAAAUUGUCUAAUAUUAAUUUUGCGAUCAAAAAACACUGAACAAAUUCCGAUUCUGAAAGCAAUCGAACAAAAAUAUGAUACGUAAACAUAACCUAAAAUUUGUGUCGUAUUGAGGAAGAAUUGAAAAUAUUUUCCAUGAAAGAUGUCGAAUCUGUAUUCACAACGAAUUGUGACAGCAGAUUAUUAUAUGCACUAUCCUCUGCAAGGAUUCGAUCCAUGCUAUUCAGAUUUCCGUGGAGCGUCUGUGAAGCAUGUUCCCGUAAUUCGAAUAUUUGGUACAAAUCCCGACGGAUGUAAAACUUGUAUGCAUGUUCAUGGUGCACUUCCGUAUUUGUACAUACCAUGUCCCGAUUACAACCAAACCGAGUUGGAUACAUUCAUCUACCAAGUAGCGAUUAGUUUAGAUAAAGCGAUCAAUUUAUCGUUGGGACAAUCCACCUCGGAAACUCAACAUGUUUUCAAAGUUGUAUGCGUCAAGGCAAUCCCAUUUUAUGGUUAUCACCCGAAUGAACAUCGCUUUCUAAAAAUUUACUUCUACAAUCCAAUGUUUAUACGACGAGCUGCGAACUUACUGCAAAACGGUGCUAUUUUAAACAAAAUCCAUCAACCACAUGAGUCACAUUUGCCUUAUCUACUUCAAUUUUUCAUCGAUUUCAACUUAUACGGAAUGAGUUUCCUGCAUGUUCCAGCUGAAGUGGUACGGUAUCGUCGACGACCACAACGUAACGAACAAAGCGAUGAAAGUGAAAAAUUCGACAGCCAGAUGCAUUCCGUUGAAUGUACAUCCGUAUCAGAAUGUGAAAUCGAUAUAUCCGCUGCUCAUAUUUUAAAUCGAUUGGAAAUUUUUGACAAAUCAAGCGGAUGUCAUGCCAAUCCUGGAAUAGCGUCAAUUUGGAACGAUGAACGUUGCCGACGAAAUAAAGUGGGAAACUGUCCACCAUUGGACGUACCCGCAAACAGUCAAGAAACGUCCAAAGUCUGCGAGCCGACUGAAAGUGAAACUUUUUAUCGACAGGCUUUGGUCAAAAAAUUGGACGAGCCAAAUGAUAGCAUGAGCAUAAUUGACGAACAAAAUUCGGAGCGCACGCUUCUGUUGCCCGAUCGAACAAUGAAAAAAUUCAAUUUAAGCGCUUACUUGUCACAAUUAGUGUACCCGGCUGAAUGCACAAACGAAAAUGCCGAAACGAUGCUCAAUGCAUCGAACAUUGUCGACCAUUUGUCGAGUGCAGUAAAUGGAAAAAGAAAUAUCAAAAAACAAUCUCCGCACAGUUACGCAGAUGAAUCAAUAAUUGAUGAGGAUCUGGUGAUGUCUCUGAGCCAGAGAUGCGUACAUGACGAGACACUGAACGAUGAAGACCAGGCAUUCUUAGACGUACUCAGAAAGCUUGAAGCUAAUGAAUGUGAAGUUGACGAUGAUAGUAUAUUGGCGCCGCUUAGUCAAAGAGACGACAAAACAGACGUUAUUUUAUCGCAAAAAUUGGCAGCUUCGUACGAUAGUCCGCCGAAUGGGUCACAUGCGAAAAAUUCAACUACAACCGAACAAAAUUACUUGGAUGAGGAUGAUGAUCUGCUGAAUGAGUUCUCAAAGAAUCUGGAUGACCUGCUGCCCCAAGAUAUUGUACAAAUGUCGAUACCGCAGAUGGAUGGAGGGGCUGAUGAAUCACCGAAACGUAAUCGACCGAAAUUCCAACCGUUGAAUAUAACCAAAUCACCAAAGGGAUCUAGCUCAGUUUCAGAUUCAGUGGUCGCAAUGUUAAAGGGAAAGCCUGAGAUCACAGUUUCUGCCAUUCCAGCAAGAUUGAAUCAGCCUACCAAUCAGCCAUUGAAGGUCAUUGUGCCAGAAGCGCAGCUAAUAGACUUGACGGAGACAUCUGAUGAGGAAGAACUUGCAACGAUACCGGUGAAAAGGCCACGUCUGGAAGAUAUCGCUACGUACAUCAAAAUGAAGGGAUCGAGAAAAAUUCUUCAGCAAAUGGAUCCCCUGCACAUUCAGUUUGAAAAUGGAAAUACGCCACCUACAUCGCCCGUUCAAGAAAAGUCGACCAGUAAAGUAAAACUUUCGCCAUCGUUUAAAAAGAUUAUUAACACCAGUCCCAUAGUGAAACUGAAGAAAAUAUCAAAUUCGGAUAAACCGACGCCGAGACGAUAUCCCGAACGUAUUCGACGUCCACCAGCAAAUAUAUUCGCCUCAGAUGACGGAACAUCUCGACCAUUGUUGUCGACACAAUCGAAAGAUAAACAAGAUAAAAAGGCCAAAAAGAAAGAAUUGCAAUUGGAAGACAUGUACGACUGGAGUGAUUGUAAGGUUGCGUGGGAACACGAUAAGAAAUAUAAUUUCUUUCCAGAACCGGGCCCGUCCCAUAUCAAUUAUUACGAAAAUGUUUCUUUGCCCGGUUACUACGCACCGAAAACGAUAGACGAUGCAAUGGACGGAGAUAAUCAAUCGCAAUAUGAUAUUCAUAUUCAAAGUAUGUACGAAGCAUCAUUAUUGCACCAGAGUCCUAUCUCUCAAACAGCAAACUCACCGGAUCUACUUUUCAACAUAUCGGAUGCAGACGACGAUCUAGCCUCCGUGUCACCGUUUCAAAUCUCAACGCCUUUAUUACACAGCAUAAAAUCCAACUUCAGAAACAAAGACACCUACAUCGUUACACCGGUAACGAUAACACCAACUGCUGAAUGUGUACGAACCGAUCUGAUUAACUACGACUUGCCGCAAGUGGUGUCAAAGACUCCAUUUUACAGUAACUGUGAUGAUGUUGCGCACAUCAAGGAAGUGGGCAAUCACAUUUUUCAACUACCGAAUUUAGACGACUGUGAAUCGUUUGACAGUUCCUUGAUAGAGACGGGACUGAACGCGUGGCGUCGAAAUAUUUACAUGAACAUUAUGAGCAUGGAUGACAAGGAAAAACUACAAAACAAAAGUUUGGAUGAAAUUCGGGAAUUCUUUGCCGUACAGAAACGGAUCGUUAUCAUACCGAGUAAAACGCCACCAUCCGUACAGCAAGUCAAACUAUGGCUUCGGAACAAUCAAGAUUGUAAGAAAGACGUAACGGAAACGAUGGACGUGGAUAGCCCGAUUAAAAUCAAACGAGCGAAGGCCAAAAUAAUUUUAGAAAAUGGUGAUGGCGAUCAUGAGGCUGACGAUGAAGAUAAUAGUGAAUGUGAUAUAACUUUGAGCUGUUCCCCGGAUGUUGUGCCAACGAAAAGUCAAGACUUGCAGCUGGUCAACAAACAUCUAACGAAGGCUAAAAAGUCGCUGAAUAGCACUUUCGACAAGUUGAAAAAUUUGGACGCUGUACGCGAGUCUCCCAGCCUAUUCAGCGAAAGUGAAUCGCCGACUAAUGAAGUGUGUGACAGUGAUGACGAGAUUCCGAGCUCGCAAGUAAUUACAAUCAAGCAUGUACGACCGAAAAACGGCAACCACGUGAAUGGACACGCAGAAAGUUCAUCAAAUUGUUUGUCAGACUCAAGCGCAUUAGUUAAUUCGGUAAAUCACAAGUUUGGGAGCUCUCCGUAUCAAGUCAAUGAUCUAAACUAUGACGACUCUAAAUCACUGUAUUCACCCAGUCAUAGCUUUGGAAUAACUGGAGCUACUCUCGAAAACACGUUCGGCUUUAAAAUGGACUUAGAAAAUUUCCAAACUGCCAAAUCACACUUGGAGUACAACUAUCUAACUACAAUGUCAUUAGAGGUACACACACAGACCAGGGGUGUUCUCAAUCCAGACCCUCAGUACGAUGAAAUCAAUUGUUUGUUUUAUUCGAUACAAAGUGAAGUUCCUGAAAAUUACCGAAACAUUCCUAGAGCAGUGAAGGGAUUUAUUUGUGUUAGAUCGUCCGAAUCACAACAAGCUCCCGUUUUACAAAAGAUGUACAAAGACCUGCGUGUAUGCUUUACCAGCACCGAAAAAGAACUGCUGUUCGAGCUGUUAAAAUUGAUCGCUCUGUGGGAUCCGGAUAUAUUUGCCGGCUAUGAAAUCGAAAUGUCAUCUUGGGGCUAUGUGAUACAACGGGGAUACGCAAUCGAUAUCAAUAUGCCGUCACUUCUGUCGCGUGUCACAUCGGAAAAACUCAAUAAAAUUGUGAAUAAUGAUGAGGAGCGUGAUGUGGAUGGUGAAAGCGAAUAUGAAAUCAAAUUGUCGGGUAGAAUUUUCUUGAACGUGUGGCGAUUGCUGCGGUCAGAGAUUGCAUUGACAUCGUACACGUUCGAAAAUGUAAUGUACCACAUACUACAUCGUCGGAUACCCUCACAUACAUUUCGUGAUCGGACCAAAAUGUGGACCAAAGAACUGACCAAAUGGAUUGUUUUCGAGUAUUAUAUUGAGCGAUGUGUAGGCAAUCUUGACCUUUUGAAUCAAUUGGAUUUGAUUGGUCGAACGUGUGAACUAGCAAAGUUAUUUGGAAUACAAUUUUUCGAGGUACUGUCACGGGGCUCGCAGUUUCGAGUGGAGAGCAUGAUGUUGAGAAUUGCAAAACCCCGCAACAUUAUAUCAGUCUCACCUAGUGUACAACAGAGAGCUCACAUGAAAGCACCGGAGUAUUUACCCUUGAUAUUGGAACCACAUUCUCGGCUGUAUGCUGAUCCACUGAUAGUUUUGGAUUUUCAAAGUUUAUAUCCCAGCAUGAUAAUUGCGUACAAUUAUUGCUUUUCAACUUGCCUCGGACGCGUUGAAUUGCUAGGAAAGUCACAUCCGUUCGAGUUUGGUGCGUCCCAGUUGCGAGUGUCUCCCAGCCUUCUACGAAAACUAAUCGAAAAGGAUUUGGUUAACAUAAGUCCUUGCGGUGCUGUGUUCGUUAAAUCUGUCGUACGUGAGGGCGUGCUACCUCGAAUGUUGCGUGAAAUUUUGGACACACGGCUGAUGGUGAAACAAUCGAUGAAAUUACACAAGAACGAUAAACUUCUGCAGAAGAUUCUUCAUUCGCGACAACUCGGUUUGAAAUUGAUGGCGAAUGUUACUUAUGGUUAUACUGCAGCCAAUUUCAGUGGACGAAUGCCUUGCGUAGAAGUUGGCGAUAGUGUGGUUAGUAAGGGACGUGAAACGUUAGAACGGGCAAUCAAAAUGGUACAGAAGAAAAAGAAAUGGGAAUCUCAUGUGGUCUACGGUGACACAGAUUCGCUGUUCGUUCUCUGUCCGGGAAAAUCUCGUGAAGAAGCUUUUAAAAUUGGAAGCCAAAUUGCCGACGCUGUGACCAAUGACAAUCCGUACCCAGUUAAACUGAAAUUAGAAAAAGUCUACCAGCCGGCCAUUUUGCAGACGAAAAAACGCUAUGUCGGUUUUAUGUACGAAUCACCUGACCAAAAAGAACCAACCUACGAGGCUAAAGGCAUCGAAACUGUUCGGCGUGAUGGAUGUCCUGCCGUUGCUAAGAUGCUUGAGAAGACACUGAAACUGCUCUUUGAAACGCUGGACGUCAGCAUUGUUAAGAAAUACAUUUGUCGGCAGUUUAGCAAAAUUUUGUCAGGACGUGCGAACAUUCAGGAUUUAAUUUUUGCUAAGGAAUUUCGCGGUAUUGACGGUUACAAACCCAGUGCAUGCGUUCCAGCACUAGAAUUAACUAGAAAAUGGAAAGAAAGUGAUCGUCGUGCCGAGCCACGUAGAGGAGAACGAGUCCCUUACGUGAUAAUAAAUGGGCCGCCAGGCGUUCCACUUAUUCGUCUCGUACGCAGUCCACAUGAAUACUUGUCCGACGAAGGACUCAAAAUAAACGCAAUGUACUACAUAACCAAAGUGAUUAUACCGCCACUGAACCGUUGCCUAUUGCUGAUUGGCGUUGACGUCAAUCAAUGGUUUGCUGAUCUGCCUCGUACAUACCAGUCAUUAGCCAUGACAUCGACCGCAUCAACGGUUAUAGCCAAAAAUAAUGCCAAGAAGAGUACAAUAUCUCAAUACUUUUCAACAACCAGCUGUGUCAUCGAUUGUGGCGAACAGACGCAAAAUGGAAUUUGUGCAAAUUGCCAGCGGCAACCACAUAAAAGUGCUGUGAUUCUUUCAUUGAAAGCAACUCAUUUAGAACGUAAAUUUAAUAUGGCACAACGUCUCUGCGAGUCGUGCUGUGGCCGAUCAUAUCAUACCGAUUGUAAUUCGUUAGACUGUCCGGUGCUAUUUGUGAGUAAUACAUGGAAGCGUGAAAAUAAACAGCUCGAAUACUUUCGAGAAUUGUUGGAAGAGCAAUUUUCGUAAAAAGUUUUACAACAA